GGCCGUAGAGUAGUUCCAUGGAUUCUACAUAACGAAGGCUAACAACAAUGAUAAUAAUGAUAUAAAAACCAAAUAUUCAAGAAGGAAUAUUUUUGCGUUGAUGAAACUAGUGCGAAGCUUGCAAACUUCUAAUUGAAAAUAUAUAAUUGAGAAAUUAAAAUUACUUGGGGAGUUGGAUAAUUACAUGACACAGUUGGUUAUUAUAAAGGAUUUCAAAAAAACUGGAUUAGUUCCAACAUUGAGACAAAUCAAAAUAAUUGAAAACUGUUGCUCAUUAUUUUUGCCAUUAUGUGGAACAUUGAUUAUGAAAACAUUAAAAAGUAUCCUUCUGUGAAAUGUGCUUUAUGUGGAUUUUUUUUUCGUCAUAAAGCAAGUCUGAAAAUCCAUCUAGAUUCUAUGCAUAAUAGAAGUAAAACCACAUCAGGCAGUAUAGCAAAAAUACCUAGAAAAUGCACUGAUUUUCUAUGUUUGGAAAAAGGAUGCAAAUGUAAAUUUCAUGAUAAACAGCUCUUUAUUAGUCAUUUAAAAUUUGACCAUUGUUUUGAGUUUGACAUACGCUCUUUGAAGUUCGCAUCAGAAGAUGAAUUUCUUACAUGGAAAGAAGACUUUGAACAAGAAAAUAAAAGUUGUUACAUCAUCACAACUGGUAGCAAAAUACUUCAGGAUGAUAAAAAACUUACUUAUUACAAGUGUAAUCGGUCUAAACAUUUCAUUAGUAAGUCCAAAGGAAUACGAAAGCGAAGUACUCCAGUUACAGUAAAUGGAUUAUGUACAGCAUCUAUUAAAAAAGUCCAAAACAAAGAUGGCUCUGUUGAAAUUUUGUUAUGUGGUACACACUAUGGUCAUGACAUAUCAUCUGAACAUAUGAGAAUGACCAAACGUCAACGAGAAGAAAUUAUUGAAUUAAUUCAACAAGGAGAUCAUCCAGAUCUUGUCAUCAACGCUGCUCGUGCCAAGGCAUCAGAUUCACUGGGAGGUGUUAAUAUGUUAAACAGAAAAGAUAUUAAAAAUAUUGAACGUAAAUUGGGAAUUAGACAUCCAGAAUUAAUAAAACAAAAGACAAUUAUUGAUCUUAACGCAGAUGAGUGGAUUAUGAAAUUACAAAGUACUCCUGAUAAUCCUGUAUUGUUCUAUAAGCCUAAUAAUGUAGCAUGUGAAAACUUUCAACCUCAGGAUGUUAUGUUAAUAUUUAUGACUCAAAGUCAGUAUAAUUGGAUAAAUAAAUUUGGAACUGAUGGAAUAUUCAUGGUGACUGAAAUGAGUAUGGUUUCUGCUCAAUUAUACUUGACUGUAAUGUGUGUGUGUGAUGAAUUCAAUGUGAUGGUUCCAGUUUGUUUUAUGAUGUGUAAUCGUAGUAAAAUGUAUCAAUCAUUUUUUUUAAAUACAAUUUUUAAUAAAAUGGGCCCCAUUUAUGCUAAAGCAUUAAUCACUGAUGACAACCACGACUUGUAUGAAAGUUGGUGCUCGAUUAUGUCACCAGUUAAGCAUGUUAUUAAUCAAAGAUACAUUGAUAAUCAAAUAAUAGAAAAGCUUCAAACUGAUAUUGAAGAUCAAGAUUUACAACACGAAAUUUAUGAAAAAAUUUGUUCACUUUUUAAUGGAUCUGAUGAAAGCAUGAAAGAAGAAAUUAUAAAUUAUACUAAAAAUAACCUUAAGAUGAACAAUGUUACAAAACCAUUUGGAAUAUUUUUUGAUGAGGUGUUUGUUAGUAGAGCAGAUAUGUGGGCUUUCUGUUAUUUAAAAGAGUCUCUAAAUUUAAAUCAAAUGAUAAACAUUAACUCAGCUUAUAACCAAAUGAUGGUACUUUGUGAAAACAAGAAAAAACGUUUUACUAACAAUUUGUCAAAUAAUAUGAACAUUUUCUUCACAACUACCUUAGAAAUACAGAAAAAUAGAAAAACAAAAAUUGAAACAAUCAAUAAUAAAAUUUACAGCAAUCACAAAAAUGCAAUGUGUUAUCCAUCUACACUUAUUUCCCCCCUCUCUAAUAAUAAGUGGCGGGUUGCAUUACAAGGCGGUAUAAAUAAUGAUCAUGUGAUUAUAACUCGAAAGUUUUGUAAAAUUAUUGAUUGCACAGUCAAGUGUCCAGCAUGUUAUAACAUCUGUGCUCAUAUUUACGAAUGUUCAUGCAGACCAGGAGAAAUUACUAUAUGUAAACAUGUUCAUAUGUUAGGAAUCUUAAACAAAAGGUCCUUAAUUGAUAUAAACAAAAGGAAAGAAAAACAACUUGAUGUCGUUAACAAUAUGCAAACAAAAAUUUUGUUAAAAUCAAAACUAGUUUUUGGCAAUAUAGAUUUUGUGAAUGAUGAAGAACUGCUCAGAAAAAUUAGAGCUUUAUUAAGAAGGGUAGAAAAUAUUGUUGAUGAAGUAAAAAAUUCUGAUGAUUAAUUACUAGAAAUUACUCAGUAUUAUUAAGCAUUAUCAUAAGUUUUAUAAAAUUAAUUGUAUUAAAGUGAUUCAAUUCUAAUCUUUAGCUUUUGUAUGCUUUUAAAAUGUCAAGUGUUUCCUAUUUCCUUUGGGACUUCUGUCUUUAAAUGUCUUAUUAGUUAUUUACGGUCUACAAAUGACUUUUUUUUGCGAAUAAUAUUAGCACUAUGAUAUAGUCAUCAACAGUUGAGUUUUCUUGUGGCAUAAACCUAGAAUUUCAAUAUCUAUGUAUAGUACCAACUAUCAAUAAUAAACUAUGCAAAACUUAAAUAAAAAUUAUGUAUUAUUUAAAGAAACUCAUUUACU